AUGUUACAGUCACUCACUCCUUUAACUCUAGUGAGUUCACUGCUCUUGGCCUCUGGCCAGGGCGCUUUGGGUCAUGGCCUUUCCGACCAUGCCAGGCGAUCAAUCGAGCAAACAAUGCACAUUUCCAGUAAGAGGGCUUUGGAUGGUUUCUAUGUCAUCGAUCAGCAGGCUGGAAGUGAAUGGGGCUGCACCGAGGAAAAGAUCGCCGCGUUGGAGGGUGCCGUCAGAGAUACGCAAGCAUUGGCCUUCAUGGCUUCAACUGUACUUGCCGAAAAGGACUCCGAGUUUUCUGAUGCUUACAUAUUUUGGUUUGGUGAGGACAACACCAAGGCCGCUACUAAGAAUUCCAUCAAGACUCUCAACUACGAUCCUGUUCAAGAUUUCCUCAAAGCCCCUGGUACACGCAACCGCGUCGAUGAUAUGAGAAUAGACAACCUCAGCCCUACCGGGCUUACGUACAUGUGUGCUGCCGCAGAUGAUAGGGCCGCCCGGACCCGGAUUCGAACACCGGACCUCCGGAAUUAA